AUGGAACCUCCGGAGAAGCUCUGUAGGAAAAUGCGGGGCCAGGAAGCUGGUGACAAGCCCAGGACUGCUGCACAGGACACAGAGGGACCACCACAGGAUCCUGCCCCACUUGUCCAAGGUGACCCAGACAAGCUGUCCUCACUCCCCAGGGCUGGCUUGGGAAAGAGGCCACUGUCAAAGACCUCUGGGGAUUGCAUUGAUGCUGACACCUGUAGAGUGCACACAGCCCCCUCACCAGCUGUGUGUAGUCCCAAACCCCAGAAAAAAGGUUCUUCUCUCCAAGAGAAAAAGGCAGAGACAGUGAAGCCAUCCAUGUCUGCAGGCCCAGGCCAAGUCCCAAAUCCCCUCAACUUUCGAGAGAGGGACCUGAAGAAGGAACCCCUAGAAGCAACCUGUCAGUUUCGGAAAAAGACUCGAACCCUGUACCGCUCAGACCAGCUGGAAGAGCUGGAACGGAUAUUCCAGGAAGACCACUAUCCUGACAGUGACAAACGCCAUGAGAUUGCCCAGAUGGUGGGGGUGACUCCCCAACGCAUCAUGGUGUGGUUUCAGAACCGUAGGGCAAAGUGGCGAAAAGUAGAGAAACUAAACGAGAAGGAAGAUAAUAAUGGUCCUGCACCCCCGAGGGCUAACAGCAGCCAGUGCAGAUCUGCACCUGAGCUCCUAGGUCCUAUGCCUACAGACCUAGAACCUGGCCCUGUUCCUCCAGAGAACAUUCUGGAUGGCUUUACUGAGCCCCCCGUGCUGCUGACUUCGGACCAGACUCUAACGUCCUCUCAGCACAAUGAGAGUGCUGAGAGGGUGGCAGUGACUCCACCACUCCUCAGUCCCCCACCUAUUCGAAGGACCAACCUUCCUCUUCCUCUGGGUCCCUUUCAAGCUCCUCAAGUGCUACCUCCGCUGAGGGAUGUUCCUGGCAGUGACAGCAUAUACAAGGACAAGCCCUGUGGGUCCUGGGGUACUAGUAUCACCUCACCUCCCAUCUACUCAAAUUUGGAAGACAUGGGACCUCAGGAUUACCAAGCAAGCAACCAGCUGGGUUCGUUCCAGCUCACCCAGGCUCCACAGACCCCCCUUUUCCCACCCCUUCAGUCCCAGGUUCCGUAUCUGCCUCCCUUCCCUCUCCCUAUCCCAAGCCCACUGCCAUUUCUACCACCAGAAGACUCUCUGUUUUCAUUUCCUUUCGGCCUCAAUGGGGACUCAUCACAGGAUUAUUACCCAGGGCCCCAAUCAGGUCAGAUCUUGCUGCAGCCAACAGCUGGAAACACGGGUCCAGGACCCUGGAGCGGCCAUUGUUUGCCAGAACCUCCCUUCCCUCGCCCACACCACCCACAGGGACACCCCCUAGGGGCAGAGGGCUAUUUUCCUGACUUGUUUCCCACUCCAUGUGCUCCAACUCUGAGCAAGCAGCCUUCAUUAGGCCUAAGUGGGCUUCUCGGAGGCACUAGAGCAGUGACAGGGACCUCGAUAAGCAAAAUGCCAGAUGAGCAGACUUCCUCUUCCCUUGAGCAGCCUGCACCAGAGGAGGUCAGAGACAAAAAUAAGGAUAGCCAAGUUGGUGGAGCUAAGGAGUAA